GCUACAACUAAAAGCGCGUCCAUGGUUUCAGGUGAAAGUCAAGGGUGUGAAUGGUGGCUUUUACUAGCAGUAUAAAUACAACGCGCGCACCCGCGCCGCUGGAUUUAGUGGACUGGGACGUCCUGAAGCAGGAUUACAGCAGCAGAUCUGCAGCCAUGGCUGACACUUUGAGAAGACUAGUGAACUCCUCUCCGUACAGUGUUUUGCAGGACAAACUGGACGCUUGGUACAAAGACUAUCAUGUUUAUUCUUGUGACCAGAACCUCAAUAGGUGCUGUGAGCUGGUCGAGCUCACCUCAAAAAUACAGGGUCAAUUGUUCACCAUUCUCAACCUUACAGCACAAGAGGGUGGACAUUAUUCAGGGGUCGACACACUGAAAUCUCGCCUUUUGCCAUGGCUUGGCUCUUGCUUCACCAUUGCAGCUUCAUCUGUCUCCUCAGAUACCAGCCUCAGCCUCAUUCAGGAAUCUGUGGAGAAAGAUCGGAAGAUUCGUGAGCUGUCCUCAGUGCAUGAGAGCAACUUGCAGAAAAUUGAAGACCAGCUGUGCUCUACACGUAUAGAGCUGGACUCAGUAAAACGGGAGCUUGUUGACACCCAUAUUGAACUGGAUUCCACAAAAAAUAAAUCUGCAACCACCCUGUUGGCCACAGAGGAUGAAAUCCUACAUCUGAAGUCAGAGUUGCGAGUGGCACAAGACCAGCUUGAUCUGUAUAAGAGAAAGCUAGAUGUCCUGGAUGAUUAUGAGAGGCAGGUGAGAAUCCUACGAGAUGAGGUUUCCUACCUCAGUGCUGAGAAAUCUGUUCUGCAGGAGAGGUUAGUCCGGAGCCGUUCACCUAGUCCUCUUCUGCGCCGGAGUCGCUCGGUUAGUCCUGUCCGGGGUGAAUCUCCUACCCGUGCACAGCUCACCAGCUCCUCUCGACACUCUCGACUGGUCUCCCGUUUCUCAGAUCUGUACGCCACUGAGAGGUUAGAGUCCCAGAGUCUCCUGCGCAAAUACAUUGAUGACCUGGAAACAGUCCAGAGGAUCCUGUUUAUUGCUGCUGUGGAAUCGUUUCAGGCAGCUAAGCUGGCCUAUCGGCAGUUUAAAUCACGCGUGAGGAAGACACUUUCCUCUACUCACAUUGGUCCUGAGAGUCUGGAGGAUGCAGUGGUGGAUUAUAUUGUGAGAAAUCUGGACCUAUAUGAUGUUCAGACCAGCAUUAAUGAUGUGAUUAACGCGAUGAACGUAAACCCACGCAUCUCUUUCCCUCCGGAGGUGGACUUUGUUCUGAUCAGCAGCUUCAUUAGAGAAGCCUGUCGAAUAGCUUUCGCCAUGCAAACUCUGGACCCUCCUCUGGACCUGGCCUUCAGCUCAGAUGGAGAACUCUACAGUGAUGUUAAGUACCGGCGCAGUUUUGACUCUGAGUUUACGGCUCCGCUAGUGGCGUUUCACGUGUGGCCUGCGUUGCUGGAGGGAGACACUGUCAUACUGAAGGGAGAAGCGGUCACAAGGAGAGGAGCUCUGUGGAAAAGCCGAAGUCGUAGCUCCAGUCCUGUUCGCUCUCGCUCAGGAAGCCCCAGCCGCACAUUUAUGGCCAGUCAUAGUCGGAGCCCCUCUCCUGGACGUCUCUCAAGCAGUCGACUUUGAAACCUGACCUCACUUCACACCAGAUACAGGACCAAACAAAAGCAGAAUGAUCAAAACAUUUCUCUUUUUUUCAACUUGAACGUCUUUUUUAAUGUGUGGGAUGAAUUAGAAACAAAGCAGUUACUUCUGAAUGGUCAUUAUUAAAGUUUUAAACAGUAAGCACUAUCUACAUGUGUAAAAAAACUCCUUAGUGAACUGCACUUGAUAGGGGCCAUAGGACUGGCUAGGUAAACCUUAAUUGUAUCAGAUUAGCAUAAUGGCUCAUAGUUAAGAAAACAGGUCUCUUAAAGUUGAUAUUUUACUCAGUUAUUAACAUCAAUCACAGUCACUUCACCGUUCAAAAGUUU